AUGUCAUCAACUGCAUACGUUUUUCUUUUGUUUCUUUGCUUUUCUUUUCAUGCAUGUAAUGCCGGUAGCAGGAAUCUGAUCUCUCUUGAUAACAAGAUGGAGAAGAAACUUAACUUCUCUCUUAAGAUUGUUGAAAAAAAUGGAUUUGAUUCCUCGCAGAUGAAGGUUAACGAAGGCGAUAACAAGAUGAAGAUUAAUGAGUUUGUUGGCGAUUCAGAGAAAUCGAAAAACCGAAAAAGUACUAACCGGAGGAUGUUGAAAGGUGUGAGAAAAGUUUCAGUUUCAGUUUCAGUUCAUGGUUUACAAACAAAAUCUCAUGUUUCAACUUCAUGGCGUGUGCCUCACAAGAAGAAGCAUAGUGAGAAACAUCCUGGUUUUAAUUUGGAUUAUUCACCACCUAAGACACAUCCUCCUUCUCACAACUAA